CUCACCCUUUAUCGUACCCGAUUCGCCAGACCAAGUCAAAGAUGCUUGUGACGAGAACGAAGCUAAUUCCAAGGACGUUAUCAUGUCCAACAAGACCACCGAGCAGACAAAAAAGAAGAGGAAGAAGAAGAAGAAGAAGACAAGGCUUGCAGAGGAGACGAAGCAAGUCGACAUCAACGGACCUGAAAAAGAAAAUCAGUCUGUUGAUGAGGAACAAGACCCGAAAAACAAGAGGGUGAAAGUAGCAGCUUCACCGGCUCCAGAAGAGAACAAGUCCAACACCAAAUCGUCUUGUGCUGGAAUAACAUGGAGCAAAGACGAUGAGAUUGUUAUUUUGGGCGGCCUGAUCUCGUUUCAGGGAGACGAGAGAGAGUAUAAAAGCAAGGAAUUUUAUGAAUACAUAAAGAGUCGCCUCAGCCAGGGAGAUUUGAACCAAGUAAGGGACAAAGUAAAAUCCCUUAAGAGAAAAUAUAUGGGGAUGCAGAAUCAGACGUUCAUAGAAACUUUCCAGAAGGGGCGUUACCAAGAGAUGAAGGUGUUCAACUUGUCCAAAAUUUAUUGGGGUAAGUUUGAUGCUGCUGAUGAUGACAAAUUAAACAAGGAGAAGGAGGAAACAAUACUAGUGCAGGUGGCUGACGAUGAGGAGGAGGAGGAGAAUGAGGAGGAGGCGGAGGAAAAGGAGGAGGAAACAAUACAAGUGAAGGUGGCGGACGAUGAGAAGAUGAUUGAUGAUGAUGAUCAGAGCAUGCCAAAGAUUAGUGGAGUUCUUCGUCGUGGUUUGAGAGACCAUUUUCGGAGAGAGCACUUUGAUCACAGGUGGGCUGAGGAGCAGGACCUCGAGGACUUGGAGAACAAGUGGAAGGCAUACAAAAUUGCUGAGGCCAAAUCGAAUUUGGCGGAAGCCCAUUUUCGUAAAGCGCUCAAUUGCUGCACACUCAAGGCCUACCGGAUCUUUGGUUAUCAAAAUAAUUCCUAGCGAAAUGCCAAAAAAAAAAAAAAAAAAAAAAAUUCCUAGCGCCUUUUUAUUAUCUGCCCUUGUGUUUUUGUUUGGAUUUAAUUUGUCGACAACAUGUUAUUAAAAAUACGAAAUUUUUUAUCGUUU